AUGCUUAGAAGAAUCCGACGACGCAUUGGCAGGCCCUUUCCUCGCCGGUGGCUUUUAAUCGUCGGCUCUCUUUUAAUAACUGUUUUGAUACUUGAGCGAGUUAAAAAGAGUAAUUUUCACAUUGAGAUAUUUACAGCGAUAGUAGAUCUAAAAGAACUGGAAGCGACAGGGAAAGUUAUGCCUAAUCUGUUAGCAGCCAAAGUCGAGGCAGAGAGGGACUGGAAGCAUGAGCUCUCAAGUCUCCAUGGCAACGAUGUUACUCGUUUGGCCGAAUAUAAUGAAAUGAACAAUGUUAUUGAUCAAGAGGAAGACUUUGUUAGCGGCAAAGGCGUCAACGUCCACAUCUGGAGAGGGUUAUGCUGUCCGAAAGUGAACAGUUUAAGACAAUAUCCACUGUUUCCAUUACUACCAAAAGAGCGUUUGUCACGUGACACUAUCAACUCCGGUCCGAUGGGGAACUGGUAUGGACAGAGAAUCAUGGGAUAUAUUUAUCCUCCAAUCACAGGAAGUUAUACAUUUCACUUCCAUGCGCAUGUUUAUGCCGAGUUCUGGCUCAGUGAGGAACAAAACAGCACAGAGGUUGCACUAAUAGCGAAAGUUGCAAAGGAAAAUCACAAUUUCUUAGGGAAAUCUGUAGGUCGAAUCUCAAGACAAAUUCACCUCAAGAAAGGCGGUAAAUAUUUCUUUGAUGUUCUUCACGUGAUGAACGGUGGAAUGAUGCGUCGUGAUCACGUGAACCUCACGUGGAAAAUUCCAGGAAGGGAGCACUUUAGUGAAAUCCCCCAAAUGUUUCUCUCGCCACUACUAAAUGAGAAGUUUCCAUAUCCAAUCCAUGAAUUACCAAGACAAGAAUAUUAUUUACUUCGACAAGCUAACAGUAUCAUCAACACUGACGAUAACGAUGCAGAUGCUGGCGAAGAUGAUGAAGAUUACAUAGGAAUGGAAAUUCCAAGUAAAAAAAACCGACUUUCCGAAGAAUUUUCAUUCUUUUUUGGAGAUGAUUUUGACGUCCAGACUAAAUAUGACAAGGCAAUUUUUGAACAACUUCCAGAUGUAUCCGAUGAUCUGUUGUCAGUUUUGCCGAGUUGUUCUUAUGAUCCAGCGUACACCAAGAAACGGAAGUUCAAGCAAUUUGAAGGGAUUUGGCAAACACAUUUUAGUUCUGUGUUUCCAGAUGACGGAACAAAAGAAUUCAUUUGUAUUGGAUACAAACAAAAGAAAGAUUGCCAGGGAAAUGAUGUUUUAAACCAGGAUGAAGUGCUCACACUACUGCAGAUGCUUACGAGGAAAAUUGACGAAAUGUACCCAGGGUAUGGCUGUGCUUUUUGCUGGUCAUCCUAA